AUGCCAGUUGAAGAACUGCUGUCGCUGGACGACCCAGCACACUAUAAACGGCCUCUGGCUACCUUGACAGAUCUCGGUCUGUCGAGAAAGAUCGAUCCCGAGAACCCUCAACUUGUGACGAGAUGUGGGUCGGAAGACUACGUACCGCCAGAGCUGCUGAUGGGCCAGCCAUAUGACGGGAGACAGACAGACUCAUGGGCUCUUGGAGUGCUGCUUUACGCUGUAAUGGAAGGACGCCUGCCUUUUGACCCGCCGAAGAACGUGGGUGGAGGACGGUCGCGAGGACGGACCGCGCAUAGAAUCGCCCGUGUCGAGUGGUCGUGGAUCGCGUUUAAAAACGAUCCACCCCAGGAGAAGCUGCCAUACAGCGAGGAAUGGGUCGGCGGAAUGGAAAUUGUUGAGGGGUGUCUACAAAAGCGAGACCUCCGUUUGCGAGCAGUGGAUAUAGCCGAGAUGCCCUGGGUCAAAAAAGCAGUCUGCGAACUCGAACGCAGCGAUUUAUUGCCCGUCAGCGACAUCUUCGUUGACGGUGACUAA